AUGUCUAAAAGUUUAGAGAAUGUGGCCUUGGGAAUCCGAUCCAAGUUUAACCAGAACGUGUACGAUCUCAUUGGGCUGGAUAUGAAGGGCGCUCCUUCCUUGAUUUGCAAACAACUGAUUGUGCAGAACUACUGUCCCAAAAUCAGUGUCAUUUCUACAGCGAGCUCGGACGCUCUAGCCUCCACUUUGGGAUUUGGCAACUUUCUGGAACUUCUCAGGUGUUUUGAGCAAGGCCUUCUGGAUCAAGACCCCGGAAUAUCUACUUCUAAUGGCUCGAACUUGAGGCUGACAGUGCGAUUUGUCAGUCCCAUUAUGGAUCAGUUACGAGAACAGGAAGAGUUUCUGCAAACAAGAAGAUCCAGCUUAGGGGGCAGUGCAAGCUUGGGCAGCUCAGAUUCCUUUAGCCAAACGUUUUCUGUAUCAGAAUUGUACAACUUGAACUCCUUGGAUCCAUUCAUGAACGACCAUAUAAAAGAUGUUGACAGCAUAAUUUCCGCGAGCGAUGACCUUGUGAAUGUAAAACUCGCUCGUAAUUCCAUCUACUUGAAUCUGCUCACAAAGAGCAUCUCUUCCACAACGAUAUCGUCCUUUGAGUUUUUCAACCAUCCAAUAAUGCAGUUGUUUGUCGUCACGUCUGCCGAUUCCUUGGAGACAGUCAAAGAAGCGCUUUCCGGCUGGAAAAGGGCCGCAUAUCCAAGUUGGUUGGACAUUGAGUCGAUAGUGGAGCUGGUUCUCAUUAUUGUCGACCCAGAAAGUGAUCUACAGAAUGGACUACGUCUGCAGGAAGAGCUGAAACUUGGUGUUGGCGUAAAAAGUCUCAUUGUACCGCUAGACAACUCCGGAGACACUGUGAACGUUGGAAAACCUUUAUUCUCUCAGUUGAGUGAGGAAAUGGCCAGAACGGAGCUCACAGAGCGCGGACUUCCGCGCCAAAUCUACGAAACGUUCAGCGAUCAAAUUCAGGAUAUCAUUCACAAGCAGCUCAUUCCUCACAUGGAGAGAAAGAUCAGAAUGUGGACAGAAGAAUACGUGGCUCCUCGCAAAAGCUUUACAGGAAGAUUUUUCAACGCAGGAAAGAAAUGGAGCGGAAAGGGCACCAAGAAGUCGUUUUUCUCGUUUGGUAGCAGCGAAAAACUCGAAACCACUCCGGAGCCCAGCGGCUCGAGCUACAACAAGAAAGACGGUUAUUACAACAUCAAGUCACCGGAAAUGGCCAUACGACGUUUAGCAGACUGGAAUUUCAUGCUUCGCGACUACCGAAGCUCGUACACAACGUACGAGCUGCUUAAGAAAGAUUUUCUAAAUGACAAGGCGUACAAUUAUCUUGCUUCGCUCCAAGAAUUCAUGAUCAUCUCUUUAAUUAUUGGCGCAAGCAAUAAGGUCAAUCCGUUGGACAAGCCGCCUAUCAGCAUGGUGAUGAAUGGAAUUACCGCAAAAAUCUUAUCAGAGGUGAUCAAUCCUCUGGUGGACUCCUCGUUCUACUCGUAUCUGUCGCGCUGCAACUUGAAGACCUAUAGUAUCCGAUUACUCCUAAUAAUUGCCGAGCUCUUUUUCGUCCUCGGCCAGUCGACAGCAUACUUUGGACACUCUCCAGCCUCUGCUUCAGCAUUGUAUUACAACGAGGCUAUCAAUUUGUUUACCAAGCUGAUCGACUCGCACCUUUUGGAAAGCACGGCCAAUGCUGUAUUAAUGGAACGUGUUGCAUACAUUUAUUCUGCAUUUGGUCAGCCGAAAAAGUCUUUGAAGAGCGCUCUCAAAGGUUCAUACUACGAACAGAGCAAUCCUCUCAAGCUUGAGAUCCCCGAGCUCGUCUCGUUUGGCCAGACCAGACAUCGCAAGUCGAUACUGUGGCUGCUUCUGGCUGCCAAAGAGCUGGACCCAGUCUCCAAGCCCACCCAAACAAAGUUGCUCGUGGAAUGCAUAGAAAACGAAAUAGCCCAAAUCCCAGGACAAGAUGCUGCUGUGUGGUUGCAGAGGGAAGACGGGCUUCUGUACAGUCUAAAAAAAAGUCUAGCACGUGUCAAGAACGUUCUUUCUGCUGAUACGCUUGUGCUGGUUCCUUUAAAGGGGCCCAGUACAGAACGGAUUCUGACUCUGGGCUACGUGCAGGCUCCACGGCUAACUUCCGGCGAGAAGUACGCUUUUGAGGCCAGAGAGCUUCUGAGAACGCUCUUGGUCGGCAAGGAAAUCAAGUUCUGGAUACUCUACAAGAGCCAGUCCGAGAAAGAAUUUGGAGACGUGUCGACGCCGCUUUUCCCUUCUUUGAUUUCGUAUCUAUUGGAGAAAGGUGCCGUGAAGCUCAGAUCUGGAAUCUUCGACAACGAAGCUCUGCUUGAUUUGCAGAAGAUCGAGGCUAAGGCCCGCGACAAGGGUAUUGGCAUGUGGGCUAAGAACUUGGGUGCCAUUGAGAGGGCCAAUGAGCUGACACCAAGCCAAAAAGAAAAGUCAAAGACCUCGCCGCUCGACGCCAUAGUGGAGAGAGUGAUCAGUGGAGAUCGUUUGAUGGUGAGAGCACUGGUUUCCAAAAACAAGCAUGCUGUGUUUCCUGUGCUGAUUGCUGGAAUUAAGGCUCCGAGAACGGCCUCUGCAGAGCAGGAGGCAGAACCUUUUGGUGAGCAGGCCAAGAGCUACGUGGAGACCAGGCUGCUGGCCAGAAACGUGAAAAUCAGUAUUGUGGGCGAGUCGUCCAGCGGAAUCGCGGUUGCACAGGUGGUGCAUCCGGCAGGGAAAAUAAAUUCCAAACUAUUGGAGGAAGGGCUGGCAGAAGUAGCUGACUGGCAGUCUGUUCUGCUGGGAGCCAGCGGGAUGGCGGAUUUGCGCAAGAGUGAGCGUAUUGGUAGAGGCCAGAAGAAAAACUUGUGGCGCAACGAGGAAGGCUCGAGGGAAUCCACUGAGAAGAGCUUCAGCGGAACAAUUGCAAGAGUGAUUUCGGCCGAUACGUUGGUGGUCCGUUUGAAAAAUGACACUGAAAUCACUGUUCAGCUCGCUUCUCUCAGAGGGCCAAGACAAUCUGAUCCAGAAACGGCACCAUUUGUUACCGCUGCGAGAGAAUUUGUUCGCUCCAAGACCAUUGGCAAGCAAGUCAGGGUUGUGGUCGAGUCGAUCAGACCGAAGACAGAGCAGCUGGACGAGCGUUCUCUGGUGAGUAUUUUCUUGAACGACGGAACAAACCUUUCUGAUCUCAUUGUUUCCAAUGGCUAUGCAUCUGUUUUGAAGUUCAAAUCGGAAAGCAAGCCAGACUACUGGGAUUCGCUGAUUGAAAGCGAGAUGCAGGCUACCAAGCAAAAGAAAGGAAUUCACGGCAAAGUUCCAGAUCCAGAGAGAAUCGUGGAUGCCUCGGAAUCUGCGGCAAGAGCAAAACCAUAUCUUUUCUCCUUCCAAAACAGAACGAAGAUCCCGGGGAUCGUCGAGCACAUCACAGCUUCCAACAGAUUCAAGAUCUCCAUGCCUCGUGAGGGCCUUCGAUUGACCUUUGUGCUAGGAGGGCUGGCAAACCCAAAAGGAGACGAAGCGAUAGCUGAAAAGGCCCUGGCGUUUACAACGAAAAAGGCGUACCAGAGAGACGUCCAUUUGGAUAUCUACAACGUUGACAAAUUUGGCGGAUUCAUUGGCAAUCUCUAUUUCCCAGGAUCGAGUGUUCCGUUCCAAAUACCCCUGUUGCAACAAGGAUUUGCCGAGUGCCACGAAAGAUCGCUCGCACAGACCAAAUAUGAGACGCAAUUCUUGCAAGCAGAAGAGGAAGCAAGAGAAAAAAAGCUGGGUGUGUGGGCCACGUACCAGCCUGAGGAGGUGCCGGUCCAGCAGAUCGCAAAGCUCAGUAUUGACAGAAAAUACUACGACGUGGUGGUCACCGACGUGUCAGAGACGAUAGCUCUCCAAAUUCUCAACGAUGAGCAGAAAAAGCUGUCUCCAUUUAUGAAACAGAUGCAUGCCUCCUCAUCGGGCUUCAAACCGCUCGGUAAGCCGCCAAAGGUUGGAGCCCUUGUCGCUGCCAAGUUUUCAGAAAAUGGAAAGUUCUAUCGUGCGCUGGUGAUUGCUGUUGACCGCCAACUGAACAAGUACACAGUCCGCCACGUGGACUACGGGAACAGCGAGAGCGUUCCGCUGUCUGACUUGCGCGAACUGCCUGCCAACUUCGGGACCUCUGUGCUAAAACCCCAGGCUCACGUGGCUCAAUUCUCGCUGGUCAAGCUUCCGCCAGCCCAGCCUAUCGACUACUUGCAGGAUGCAAUUUAUUUCCUUGAAGAUCUCAUUUUGGAUAGACAGCUCGUUGCGUGCGAAACUUUCCACAACCCAGAGCCGAAUGUCGAGAUGGACGUGGAGCUGUACGAUCCAGAAACAAUUUCCAAGGAUCCAAGAUGGACGAUCAACAAAGAGCUGGUGUCCAAUGGUCUCGGUAUUGUUAAAAAGGACUUGAACGAGUUCGAAAAGCUGCUUUCUGCCGAGCAGCAGGCACUGCUGGAACUGGAACAGGAGGCCAAACGUGCUCACAAGGGCUGCUGGGAACACGGCGACAUUGAGGAGUAACGAGAUGUAAAAU